UACCUCCUCUGCACGCCACGUAAUAAUUUACUAUACAUACAGUUACACAGCGCACACGCGAUUAUUAUAUUCUCGCAUUUCCGUGGUAUUGGAAUGAGAAUACAUGCAACGUUUGAAUGAAGAGUAUAAAGAAAGAAGGGGAAACCGGAAAGAGAGAUAUGAAAGUAAUUGGGGGAAGGGAAAAGAGAAAAAAAUAUCUUUGCGGUACCUGGGUGGUUCGCCCCCUUGCGGUUUGUGUAGAUAUAAUUAUAUUAGGAACCCGUAGAAAAAUUAUGAAAUAGAGUUCAUAUCCUCGAUUCGCGUUUUUUCGCAUUGAGAGUAAAAAAAGGAAUUGAUAACGGAACAAAAUUAAUUUGAUCGGUGUGAAUCUGAAGGGUUUGCGCGACGUUUCUCGACUGGUGUGAAGAGACGUAUAAUAUGAACGGGAGUCUUCCUUCCGCCCCAGUGGAAACUCGUAAAUUCUAAAUAUAUGGAAAAGAAGCAGUGCUUGGAGAAACGGUCAAUCAGUCCCCGGAUUUUAACACCAAACGUGUUAUACAAACAAAUCUAUAGAUUCGUCAGAAUUGGCGAAUUGAAGGAAACAGAAAUAAUCAAAAAUGAACUGUCCACAUUCGAUAGGGAAAAUCAUCGAGUUAAAUGUGAGAAGGCGAUAGCAUCAUAAUGAACAAAUUUCAAUCUCAACUAUGUGGAUCGAAUUCGCGAUGGGUUUUUAUUAUAAAAAUGACCGUAAGGCAGCUUCCUUACUUUUCGAAGGCAGCUGUGCCAGAAAAAAUAAUUUUAUGGAGCAUUUCCGUGCGCGUUUUUAAACUGCGCAACUUUGAGUUGCUUCGAACACGUCGCAUGCGCGGUUAUUGGUAUCACAUUCGCAGCUGACAAAUGUUUGCCAACACUUGUGUCCAUCACAUAAUUAAAAUGAGUGUAAGAAUCGAACCAAAAGAAGAGAUAAUUGACGAGGACUCUCCACAUCACGUAUCGGUGGAAAACGAUGGAGACGCGUCGUCAUUCUUAAACGUCAUUAGAACUGUCGGACAAAGAUGAGACGAAAGCACAUCCUUCAGCAAAUGAGACAAGAAUUUCCAACCAUCAUGGCUGACGUUCACUACCGUGUUCUCAAAAAGAAAUGGUCGAAUUUAUUGCAGCAAUACAAAGAACUGAAGAACCCGGUGCACGGAGACAAGAAUAAAUCGGACGACGUAUCGUGGCCGUUUUACGGCGCUAUAGACGAAGUACUCGGAUACGGUCAAAGGGUUGACGAAGACGACGUGAAUCCUCACGAAUUUCUAUGUCUCUCCGUAACCGGAGAGGAGGAGCCGGCCUCGCCCGAGGAGGGACAACGAGCGGAUUCCGACGCCGAGGAAUCACCGUCGGUCGCGGCACUUCGACGCAUAAGAAAUCUGAAUGAAGAUUUUUCAAUAGAAAUUGAAAGGGUACCACCGAGAGAUCCGCUUCGUCGACUCAGGCCAUCCAGUAAAUCAUCGCGAAUCGCCCAGGAGUUGAGACGACGCGAUGCGAGCGAAGUUCUGGUCUCGCGAUUACCACCGGCAACCGAACUUUCGAUUAAAACGGUGAAGAUCCCAUCCGCCAUACCGGCGUUACGUGUUAAAGAUUUUUCUAAGGAACGUGACGACUCUCCUCAUCAAUUUUUACGCGACGCUUUAGCGCUCGCUAAGAAAAACGGCAAUCAUUCGUUGAACGACGAAGAUGACGAUAUUCACAGGCGUCCGAACAAGUUCAGAAGACACGAUGAACCUCACAAAGGUCACGAAUGCGCCCUUGAGAGACGUCUCACCGAAUUCUUGGAUUACACGAAACGACGGGAUGAAGAGAAUCGUGUGAUUAUGACGCGAAUUCUCAACGCUGUCGAAAGAAUCGCCGAAAAACAUUAACGUUACAGUGUCUAUAUAUACUCAAGAGAACAAAAAAUAAACGAUGAUAGGGAACAAAAAAAAAAAAAAAAAUACUUUUUCGUUUCGUCUAUCGAUUGAUAAUAUUUCCAAUUAUCUACAUCCUUCGACUUUUAUAUAUACAUACGUGCGUGCUGUGAAUGUGCGUCGAAUAUUGAUAACUGUACUAACUUUGACCGGUCAAACAAAGCACGGAGAAUAAACUGGAUGAAAAUAACUCGGAAAAAUAAACGUGAGUGAGAUUCUUUUUCAAGAGUUGAUAUCCUGACGGGAGAUUUAAUUUUGUAGUUAUCUUUAUUUCCGAAGUUUGUUUCAACUAUUCAACGAUGUGAACAAAUAAUAAUAACGAUAAUAAUAAUAAUAAUAAUAAUAAUAUUAACGAUAACAAAUUAAUUAUAAAAGGAUUUACUGAACGAUACAUACAUAAUAUAUAAUCCCGGCGCAGAACAUUCGAGAGUGGGGAUACAGGAAAAAAAAGCAAAAAAAAACGAGAAACUAUUCCCUGCAACCCCUGGGUAUGGUUAAAAAUGUUAAUGGUCAAGUUUACUGCCCUUUAAAUUCAAGUCGUCUGGUUUCUAUCGCAUUCUUCGAUUAUUUUAUCUGGAAAUUAUCGGUGAUCGGGUGAUGCCAAAGCCAUUGAGGUUCGUUCUCUCGGUUAAAAUUUCAAGUUUCGACAAUGAGAAGUGCCGCAGCAGCAGCUGUUAGAAAUAACGCUUCAAUUUGAAUAAAGAAUGGAAAAGUAGAAGGAAAAAAAUUGAAAAAAAAGAAGAAGACCUGGAAGAAUUGUCUCGGCUGUUCGGUAAAUCGAUUGAAUAUCUGAAUCGUCUGUAGGUAUGUGUUAUAUGUAUCAACGGAAUUUUCUAACCGUGAGCCUCCGCAGUGAUGUUUCUCAUGGUUAAAAUAUAUCGCCUCAGAGAUCGUCGAACCUCGGCUCCAAAUACCGGGACUACAAUAUCCCAUUAUUCGAUGACGGAUGCUACAACUGGAACCGAAUAUUAACCGUUGCUAAUCCUUUUUCAAGUUCUCGCGGUGUGUCGCGUUCAUUCUUUACGCAUCGCGAUGACGACGGCCUGCAGCGUUCAAAAUCGCAUCUAAAAUAACUCAUUGUGUACACCUAUUGUUGUUAACAUUAAAUAAUGAAUAUAGAUAAACAUCUAAUAAAUUGAAAAACUACUCGUAUAUAUAUAUACAUGUAUAAUACUGGGAAAGAUGAUUGUGAUUACCUAUAGGUAAUAUAUAAUUAAAACAAUUGGGCGAGUCCGAAUUUCGUUGGCAAAAAUAAAUAUCGACGAAAUCACCUGCAACUUAACGGCUAAUUUUUAUUGCAACUCCUGACUGUUUUGGAAAUACGCGAAACAAAUGUUGUCGUCUAACAAGUAAAGAUGAAAAUCUACACGUAUAAUUAGUUGACAGAAGAUUCGUCGUCCUGCAGUAUUUGGUAGGAAUAUUUAGGGGUGGAAAAAAAAAAGGACGCGCAGUCUAGAGUUUCACCCUCCAAACUGUCGAGAUAAAAAGGCAAAACAGAUGCAGGCACUUAAGAUUAUAUGACCGUGGUCUACGAGAGAACGGAAGACCGAAGGAGCGAGAAGAACUUCGGAGAUUUGGAAGUGAAAGAAGUAAAAAAAAAAAGAAAAAAAAAGAAAAAAAA